GUGCAGACGUUACGUGAUGGUAGGACUUUAAAAGAAAAGAAAAAAGAACUGCUCCGCUCGGAGAAAAGGCACUCUGCACGUGUCCAGAAGAUUUCAGCCUGAGGAGGCAGACAUUUUUUGGAAAGGGGGCAGGCCCUCCUGCUCUGCUCCCCCUCCGCGCUGUUGCCACGACAACGGCCGCUGCUUCCGGGUUCGCGGGGCGCGCGCAGGGCCGGUCGCCCGCCGAUGACGUCGCCGCAGGUGCCGGGGGCGCGCUCGGGACGGAGCGAGGGAUCCCGCUGAGGAUGGGGGCCGCCCGGGAGGCUGAGCAGCCGCCGCCGCCGCCGCAUCCGGAGGCCGAUCGGGGGGACGGCGAGGAGGAGGACGACGAGGAGGAGCUGCAGCGGGGGCAGGAGCUGUUCCGCGGGGCCCGAGGCGCCGCCGCCGCGAGCCCCUGGAACAUCAUGAUCAAGCACCGGCUGGUGCAGCGCCGGGGACGGCGGUCUCAGAUGAUGACCAGCUUCACAGACCCCGUGGUUUCCAUGGACCUGCUGCGAGCCGUUCUGCAGCCCAGCAUCAAUGAGGAGAUCCAGGCUGUCUUCAGCAAGUACAUGAAGUUUUUCCAGAAAGCAGCAGGGAAUGUGCGAGAGAACGUUGGGGAGGAGGUGGACAUGGAGCAGCUCAUUCAAGAGACGUGUCGGAGCUCCCUGGAGCAGGCCAAGCUGCUGUUCUGUGACGGCAAGAAGCCUUCUGCGAGGCUGCCCCACGAAGUACCAGUGAUGAAGCGAGCCAAGCCAGUGGAGGAGGAGUUGAGCCAGCAGGGAAGCCCCAUCCCCAGGAAGAGGAAGGGGCGGCCCCCAGGACAGACCCAGCCCAGCGAUCGAGGGGCUUCAGGUGUGAGCACGUGGAAAACCAAGUCCUGCGAGCCAGUGCAGAGGGAUGGUCCCAAGUGGGAUCCCCUGCGGAUCACAGAGGCCACCACUUUUGUUCUUGGAUCCAGAGCAAACAAAGCCCUGGGGAUGGGAGGAACCAGAGGCAGGCUCUACAUCAAGCACCCUCACCUGUUUAAGUAUGCAGCUGAUCCUCCAGACAAGCACUGGCUGGCCGAACAACAGCACAUGAGGGCCACAGGGGGCAAAAUGGCCUAUCUCCUCCUGGAGGAGGACAUUCAGGAUCUGGCUGUGAGCGACGAGUACAGAGGCUCCCUAGAUCUGAAGCUGGAUGAACUGAAGCCCUUUACCCCUCCACCGUGGAUGGUUGCAAAGAUGCGGAAGUUUAUGGAUACCCUCCGAAGCGAAGUGGAGCAGCCGCCGGUGCCACUGCCAGAGGGUACUCAUGACACAUAGGCCGCCCCUCGUGGAAAACCCUUGGGCUUGCUCCUCAACCUGUCUGGUGGUGACGGGCUGUCGCUGGGCUUCCUUGGGGCAGGAGAGAAGCAGCCUGACCCAGCCCUGGGCACUGGUACCAUGCAGGAUCCUUCCUGCAGGCUCAUCCGCUUCCUGUUUCUGUACCUUGUUCUUGUUUAGGAUCAGGUUUAAAAUAAAUACAUAUCUGCUUAA